AUGGUAUCUGCAAGGCACAGUCGAUUAGAGAUCCCCCCUAACCCGCAGGUUAAAGCAGCCCCUUUAUGUAUGCAGGCCACUACUGCAGCGUUCCGAGAGCGGGAAGUGACAGAAACGGAGACUGUGGAUGUCUCGAACACGAUCUUCUCAAAGAAAAAUGUGAAUCGGCUUACAAAAAAGGCCGUGAACGGUUCGGAUACUGAUGUUCUCGGCUCGAAGCUUGCACCAAGUGGUCGAGACGAGAUCAAGAGCUCGGUACCUAUGCCCACGCUCGAGGUGCCUUUGGUCAAUGUCAACAUGUCCUUAUUGGGGGGUCGCGCUUUGGUGGCAGAUCUUGUCAUUUCUGCCCAAUGA